AUGAAACGACAUUACAACGUUGAAAUACGCACUUAUAUUAAAAGUCGCACUGCUUUGCAUAUAUCUCCAAAAGACAUUUAUAAUGAGCUGAAUGGUAUUAAUGGACAUUCUGUGGUAUCAUUUAUGACAGUUUGUAGGUGGGCGAAAAAAUUUAAAGGUGGGCUUUCUGUGAUUAAAGAUGGCCAUCGAAGUGGACGCCCGAAGUCGUCAGUGACUGAUAAGCAUGUGGCUGCUGUGAAAGCAUUGGUGGAAGAAGAUGGCCGUUAUACAGUAAAGGAUAUGGCUAAUAGUGUUGGCAUUUCAGAAGGAAGUGUUCAUGAAAUUCUGUCAAAAAAGCUUGGACUUAAAAAG